CAAAAAAAUAAAAUAAAAUAAAAUCCGGGGGAAUGAGCAAAAGCGACACCUUCACCGAAAAUUACAGAGAAAUCGCCGUCAUGUCGGUCGAGCGCACCUCCCCUUUGCUCUCUGGCCAUAAUCGUGGCUGAUAAAACCAGCAUCAUCAUGUAAAGCAGAGACGCGAGCCAGGACGGCGCGUGCUCAGUAUGGAUGGGACCGACUGAGGCUGGGCACUCUCGGCAGCACGACAAGCCGCCUAGGGAGGAGCCGAGUGGAGCAGGCACAACAUUGGCGGGCAAAAGCUUGUUGGCUCUACUUGGCAGCAUUCGGAGGAGGACAGAACGCGUGUCACGAUUCCACCCUUUUUAACAGCCCGUUUGAUCUCUCUGAGAGAUGAUUUGUGAGGUCGGUCGGGGGAGGGUGAAGAUGUUGAGCAUGUCAAAGCAGCGAUGAAUACCACCAGAGGCGAAGGAGGUCGACGGGAACGGAACGGGACAAAGCAACAACCAAAGGCCUGCAACAGCAAUCUAUGCGACAUGCACACAAAAUGUCGUUGGUUUUGGCUCGCACGGGCCUUUCGGGUGCCUCGUGGGGGAAAGCGGGUGCAUCAGACAGCGUCACCAUUUUGCCUGGCUCCCCAGAAGUCGGUCACGGUGUCAGAAGUGAGCGGGCGCCCGUUCCAGCUCGUGGCACGAAAAGCGUCAAGUCUGGGCGGCAAACACGUGGGCUCCCGACAAUAACAAAAAAAAAAGAAAACGCUCGAUGGAGAAGAUGAACCCAGCACGGCACACCAACCAACUCAACUCUACCGCCUAAUAGGCAUCCCGUACCUCUCUUCAACUGCGCAUUCAAUUCCCCAAAGCCUCGCGAACCGUGCCCGUGCUCCUCCACAAAAAGUUUGCAUAGUCAGGCGGUGGCGAUCCGAGGCGGAAGGCGGAGUAUUGGUUUGCAAAUAAAGAGCUGGAUGGCGUGAAAUGCGACAGUGUUUAGAAAAGGUGGCGGGCCUGUUUGAUCAGAAAGGACGGGGAGAGGGCAGGCGCUGCGAAAGGAGCGGCCCCCCUCCAGGACUGCCAAGGUCUUAGCCAUUCUUGGCAGACUCCUGGCAAUGAUAGUGCAGAGGUACCUCUGCUAGCGGGUACAUGAGGGCACGGUCGGCUGGGCGUGCUUGGGCGGCGAGUGGGCGGUGCUGUGCGCGUGCCAGGGGUCACCCAAGGUCGCUCUCCAUCGCAGUGACCAACGGCGGAUCUGUGGCACCUCUGGACGGCCUAUUGGAGUCUUGGCGGUCUUGGCAUUCGGAAUACGCUCACUCCCUUUCCUCUUUUUUCAUGAACAAAAGGGAGGCUGUCGCUGUCCUCCCGUGGCCCCAUGGACGGUUUCCUGUUAGACCCGUCACUCUUUGAUUUCCCCCUGGAUAACUCUGAUUUCUGUCUUCACUUGCGUCCCCGGAAGUGCGCGAAAGGAAAGGAAUCCGUCGCUGACACACGAGCGUCCCCAGCUGUUUGCGACUUCGCCCCAAGCAGCCCACCAGCCCUUGCGCCCGGCUUUGAUAGGCCCUUCUCUCAAAGCACCAUCCCACCUGAAAGUCCCGUGACUCGCGCUCUCGCUCCCUAUUCCAGUCGGAGCACGGCGGAGUCGGCACAACAAAGGACCGGCCGACACCACACCCCAUCUCGAACUAGUCUGGUCACCCCCACCACAGGGUGACUAGAAGGUGCUCCCCGUCAGCCCGGCAGACUUAGCUCCAGAGACGCGCGUCGCGAGACGACCCUGUAAGAGAGCCAUGUCUUCUUCGGCUGCCCCCCAGCAGGCCCAGCCCGCGGCACCGCCGGCGACGACGCAGGCCCCCGCGCAACCGGCCCAGCAGGCCGAGUCGUCCAGCUCAAACUCCAAUGGCAACACGCCCGCGCCGUCCACCUCCACCACCGCCACCUCGCAGUCGAGCUCGGGCGGAGCCGAUGACAACCUCAUCUGCCGGUGGAACCAGUGCAACGAGCGCUUCGUCACUGCUGAGAUUCUCUAUGUAAGUAUUGAGUUUUUGCCCCGUCUCCCUUCUCCCACCCUCCUGUGGCCUACCCUUUCAAACCUGGUAUUAAUGGUGUGCUCUUCUUCUCUGACACGUGACCCAGGAUCAUAUCUGUGAACGCCACGUUGGCCGCAAGAGCACCAACAACCUGAACUUGACCUGCCAGUGGAACUCGUGCAGGACCACUACUGUCAAGCGCGAUCACAUCACCUCGCAUAUCCGUGUCCAUGUGCCGCUCAAGCCUCACAAGUGCGAUUUCUGUGGCAAGUCGUUCAAGCGCCCCCAGGACCUGAAGAAGCACGUCAAGACUCAUGCCGACGACUCGGUUCUCGCACGGUCACCUCAAGACCCCAAUGGUGGCAUGAGCGGUGGCUACCGGCCUGCUGGCAAAGCUCCUUCUAGUUACUAUGAUCACAAUGGCCACAUCCGUACUAACUCGGCCGCCUUUGGUCAGCCGCAUCAGAAUGGCCACGCUAGCUACUAUUCCCACCCUCAACCCGCCUCCUAUGGCCCUGUGUACUACCAGCCCCAUCUUGGCCCGCGUGGCGACAUGUUUGGCCACACUGCCUCGUUUGAUGCCCGCAAGCGCGGUUAUGACGAGCUGAACGACUUCUUCGGCAACGUGAAGCGCCGCCAGUUUGAUGCCGGUUCGUACGCCCACGUCGGACGUUCGCUGCUCCCGCUGCACGGCGCCCUGGGCGUCCACACCGGAGGCAUGAGCGCCGAGUACAUGACUGCCCCGCCGCCCCCGCCCCCGCCGGCGGCUGUGCCCGUCGGUGGCCCCGGCCCGCUGGCCCAGCACUACUACCUGCCUCCCAUGCCGAGCCUGAGGACAAAGAACGACCUGGAGCAGAUCGACCAGAUCCUUGAGCACAUGCAGAGCACCGUCUACGAGGGCUCUGGGCAGUCGCCGGGAUCGCACUACGCGCACGCCUUCGACCUCCGCCACCAGUCGCCCGCGGCUCGCCCGCCUGUCGGCGACCACUACGCGCCCGUCUCGGCCGCGCACCAGCACUCGCCCAUGACGGCCGUCUCGUCGUCGCAGGGUGGCUCCCCCGCCGUGACCCCGCCGUCGAGCAGCCUGUCGUACACAUCUGGCCACUCCCCGAGCGCAUCUUCCACGGCCCUCUCCCCCACCUCGCGCCAUGGCUCGUCGACCUCUGUCAGCUAUCCCAGCCUUCCCGCAGCCUCUUUCCCAGGCUCCUCGGCCACAGCCACUCUGGGGUCCAACUUCAACCACGUCGAGCGCCGCUUGUCCGGCGGCAUCCUCCAAAGCGCCAUGCGCGAGAGGCAGGCGCGGGAGGACAUGGCCACGAGCGAGGGCGCACGCACGCCGCGUCCGUCGUCGGCCGCCGUCUCGGUCAGCUCGCCUUCGUCUUCUGCCUCGGACUCGUCCAGCUCGGAGCCCGAGUCGUACGACUCGUGGCUGCAGAACAUGCGCACCAUCGAGGCGCUGCGCGAGUAUGUCAAGGAGAGACUCGAGAGGCGGGAGUACCUCGACCACUCGGCGUCGCCUAGGCCGGAUCCCAUGGUGCUCAAGGCUGAGCGGCGAGAGGCCGAGACCAAGCCAUUGUACCCGGUUCUGCGCAUGUCGUGAAGCUCCGCUUGCUGGCUUAAAUUUGGUCGCUUCUUCUGUCCUGGUCUUUUUGCAUUUGUCUAUAUCUUGUUCAAUGUCGUUUCGUCCUUUUCUUCACGUUGCUUUCUUGCGCAUCGUCGCAUCUUCCUCUCGGGUUUGUAAACUAGGGUAUUUUUUGUAACGCGCCACGCAGUCUUGAUUCCUGACUCAUGCCGACCAAGCUCAUGUUUUUUCUCUCUGCUUUCUCUUGGUUGAUCUUCCGCCGACGGAUUGGUAGGAAAGGAAAAUGAAUGAAAUAUCGAAGGAUGGCCCAGGUCCCUUUUUAUCUUUGUUUCUAACCUCACCAGAAAAACAAGGGAGGGAUAUCGGUCUGUUUUUUUAACCGGCGUUUUGCGCGAACCAGGCUUAAUUUUUUGUUCUCUUAUUUCUGCCACUUUUGGGAAAUUCCAUCUCUCUCCUCAUCCUUGAUAUCCCUCGUAUGUACAGAUGGAUCUUCACUUUCUUGCCUGGGAGAUGGCAAAUACGUGACGCUAAGAUUUCUGGGCCACCUCCUCGCAUUCACUCGUUUGUGUUUGUGGAUCAAGUUGCUUUGUGCUGUCAAGGAGGUUAUUUAUGCUCGAGUAUAGCACCUCUGUCAAAUCCAAGUCUGAAGCCA